CACCAGGGGAACACCAGGGGAACACAAGGACCCAGGAAGGGAAUUUAAGAGAACAGGGAACCCUAAACAGGAGUUAAAAUCAGCCUGGUGCGUUUAAACAUGAUACCACGGGGCGACUGAGACUCGGAUCAGGAGCUUCAGUCUGAAUAAAACGAAACGAGUCGAGUUUUGCCGAGCGGAGCCGAACCCACCCGAGGAGACUGAAGAGGAGAGAGGGGACGUCUGGUACCGAGUUCUGGGGAUAAAAAGCCCUGCAUGCACAUGGACCAAGUUCAUCAUUUUGUUCAUCUUAUGUUUUCAAUGUCUGUGCAGAAAUAUCUGGAUUACCCUCAUGCCCGCGCGUUUGCGUGAACGCGGCUCCGUCUGAACCGCAGGAACUUUCAGGAUCACUUCGGAUUUCGUGGAGCGGAUUUUCCUCUGGACAUAAAUCAAUAGAUAAAAGAAAAUGCACUUUUUUGGAAUAUCGGUGUGCUUUGCGUUGUCGGCGCUGCUCUACACGAACCUCGCGUUCCAAUCCGGGCAAGAUUACUAUGAUUACGAGCAGGAGGAGGCGGACGAUGGCAUGGAGCUGUCCGAGCCAGUUCUGGAGGAGCAGUUGCGGUCAGCGGGCAGUGUGGACGAACUCAUGAGGCUGCUGUACCCCAGUUACUGGAACGUCCUGAAAUGCCGCUCAAAGAGAGGCGUGAAUCCUCGGUUCGCUCCCAGAGACGCGGACGUGAGGACGGAGGAGCUCACCUUCGCCGCUGCCUACUUCAACUUCGAUAUUUUUAAAAGUAUCGAAGCAGAAUGGAGGAAGACGCUGUGCACGCCCCGCGAGGUGUGUCUAGACGUGGGCAAAGAAUUCGGGGCGGCCACCAACACCUUCUACAAGCCGCCGUGCGUCUCCGUGUACAGAUGUGGAGGCUGCUGUAACAGCGAGGAGUACCAGUGCAUGAACAUCAGCACCAGCUUCAUCAGCAAAACGCUGUUUGAGAUCACCGUCCCGGUGAAGACGCAGCCCAAACCGGUCACCAUCAGCUUCGCUAACCACACCUCGUGUAGCUGUCUGUCCAAACUGGAUGUUUACAGACAGAAGCACUCCAUCAUCCGCCGAGCGCUGCCCGAAUGUCAUGUGGCGAAUAAAACGUGUCCGAAGAACCAGAGCUGGAGCAACGGCUUAUGCAGAUGUGUUUCUAUACACGACACACCAUUCCCCCAGCAGCACUCGGACGUGUUUGCUCAGAACCUCUGCGGCCCCGACAAGGAGCUGGACGAGGAGACGUGCCAGUGCGUGUGCAGGAAGGACCUGAGGAUGGCCGGCUGUGGGCCGCGGCGCCAACUGGAUAAAAGCACGUGCCAGUGCGUGUGCAAAACCAAGACGUCGUCCUGCGGCCCCCAUCACACCUUCAACAAGGACACGUGUCAGUGCGCCUGCAACAAAGUGUGUCCCAGUACGCACCCCCUCAACCGCACCAAGUGUGCCUGCGAGUGCACCGAAUCCCAAAACAAGUGCUUCCUCCGGGGAAGGAGGUUCCAGCCGUCCACGUGCAGCUGCUACAGGUUGCCGUGUAACGUGGAGCCGAGGAGGCGGCGAUGUGAGGAGGGAUUUUACUUCAGCGAGGAGGUGUGUCGCUGCAUCCCCAACUACUGGAGGAGACUGGAUUAGUCCACGCGGACUCAACAGCUAACCGAGCUAAAGCUGCUGCUGGACACAAUGGACGUUUUUUUUCGCUAGUGACGCUAGCUAGCGCGGAACCGUAGACUGGAUUAGCGCAUCGGCGAUGAAGGACUCGCUGAAACGAGGCGAGCGAGCCGAACCUCGGACCUGUUCAUCACGAGAGAUGUUUAAAGGCUGGAGCGGUUUUAUUUUCUCCGCCUCUCGUUCUCGGUUUGCUCAGUAUUUGUCAGAUAUUGAUUCUAUAAUUUAUUGCCACAUUUAUAGCAGUUUUGAAUCUUUGCCAAGGAAAUACACUGUGAUCAGUAUUUUUAUAUCAUGUG